AUUGAUGGAAACCCAGUAGACCUGUUUGAAUUCAAUAAAGGAAAACUCCUACCAAUGCCACAAAGCCCGAUAAACAAGGAAGCCGUUGUUCAUGAGAUCUCUCGCCAGCUUGGAAACUGGAAUAUGUAUACUCACCAAAAUGGAAUUAUCACUACAUCUCAGGGUGGAUUUGAUUUCGACAUUUCUGGUCGGCGAACAAUUCGUGCACCUGAUAUUGCAUUUAUAUCAAAGAAUAUUUACCGUUCGCUUGAUCGUCAACAACAAUGGACCUUCAAAGGCCAACCGUUUACACCCACAUUUGUUCUGGAGGUUGCGAUUGUUCGGGAAAAUUACCAAGAAUUUAAUGAUUUAGAUCAAAAAUUCAGAGAAAUUUACUUUGCAACGAGUUCGUCAGUUGAUCUUGGUUGGUUAGUGGACUCAAAAAAUAAGCAAAUAUAUAUUUACAGACAGAGGGUUAGUGGAGUUGUCUAUCGAACUUCACACGGCUGGAAUAAUGUAAAUGGUGAUUACAAUUUCAUAGGACAGGAAUCCUCAGAAUCAUCAUCAGAAAAUGAUGAAAUAAUCGAUUGCCUUAAAUGUAAUGCAACUUUUUCAAAUGAUUAUGAUUUUAUGAAACACUAUGAAAAUAGCCAUGCUCAGAAAAGAUAUCUUCUGAAGAUUCCAACACAAAAUCUUGCUGCUGAGAAUGAAGAUUGCCUAGCACGUCCUGGAAAAGCAAAUGAAAAUGAAAUUCCCAAGUCGAUGAAUGAAAUAUUCACUGGUGAAAAUGUUAAAUGGGGAGGGAAACGAAUACCAGAUCCGAUACUCACAUAUGCUGUCAAUAAUAGAAUUUAUAAGGAGGUAAAGUCUUCAAAGGAGAUGAAAAACAACAAUGAAAAAGAACGGAAUAAUUUAUUUCAUCACUUAGAAGUAGAAAAUACACGCCACAUUACACACAUGUAA